AUGUCCAAGCGUAGGCAGGAGCUGAAACGGAAGGGCUGGGCAACUUUUGGGACCUUCGCGUUUUGCGUGCCGGGCGAGCCGGGCCGCAUUUCUCAAGAGGCCACAGAGUCGGAUCAGCCAAGGAAGGUUCCUGCGGCGGAGUUGGCGGCUCGCUAUGAUGUGCUGCAAAGCCGCGUGAAGCCGUUGCGGUUGGUGGAUCGGCUUGAGCCCUCGCAUGCCCUGGUUAAUCUUGCGGCACAGAUGAUCGAAGACCAGAGGGUCAAAUAUAUCGAGUGGUCGCGUUGCACCAGCCGUGCACAGGAGAUCAAUUCGGUUAAGGAGGACCACUCGUUGAAGAUGCUUCAGGGUGGACGCCAGGGCUCCGUUCGCUUGGUCGAGCCGGCGGCGAGGAUCACAGCUGAGACCAGGUCUGAUCUCCAGCUCAUGCAGGCGCUCCGGCAUCGGGGAGUGGCUUAUGAGCUUGCUGCCUUGAUGACUUUUGAAAAGCAUGAGGAGCUGAUCGAUAAACUCUUCCUGGAGUAUCAGCGUGAGCCUCUGGCAGGUUUCCAUGCGGUAUCAGUGGACCAGCUGCAGGCAGCGGAUCGCGAGGUGCAUGUCAGGAUGGCCGAGCUCACGCGGUCAGGGCUUGUGCCCGGAGCGGAUGGCGCACUGCCGUUGGAUGGCCCAGUCACGAGCGUCUUGGCGAGCUCGCAGAUCCAAUGGAUGCUGAUGCCCCGGCCGAAAGGCUCUGGCUCGGGACAUGGUGGGACGGGGGCCGAAGGAAAUCCCGAGAAGCCGGGAAAGCCGCCGAAGAAGCCUCCUCCCAAGAAGACUGAUCCGACGAAGGCGUCGGACAAGGAUCAGCAGGCUGAUCCUCCCGGGCACCCGCAU